AUGGGGUUCAAACUCAACAAAACCCUAAUCCUCAUCGUUACCCUCUCAUCUAUCUUUCUAUCCACCAACGCUGUCCCUUCAACAUUCGUCCUUCACAUCCCUCCCACAAGUGCCCCAACCACAACCACAUCAACAUCAACAUCAACAUCAAACUCCAACAUGAACAACCUUCUAGGCAACCUCAUGUCGGUCCCAGCCAAAGUCGAACACUCAGACACACUGAGCUCAGAGGUCUCAAACUUCUGCACUGGCACAGAGAAUCCAACCCUUUGUGCCCAAACAAUUGCUCCAUACUUUCAUGGUUCAUUCGACCCCGUGAAGGCUCUUGAGACUGAGAUACAUGCCACCAUGAAGAAGGCAAAUGAAAUCGCUGGUGUAAUUUCGGAGCACCUUAGCAACCCCAGCACCUCUAAAACCGGGAUUGAUGCACUUGACACAUGCAAGACACUAUAUGGUGGGAUGUUGGAUACGAUGAAAGAGGCAAUGGAGUUGGUGGCAGAACAAAAUGUGGUGGACGCUUACUUCAAGUUCAGCUCCGUGAUAGGAGAUCAAGAUGCGUGUGAAGAGGCUUUCCAAGAGUCUCGUGGGGUUGACAUGCCCUUUGCUCAGGAUUCCCUCGAUUUGUACCAGUUGGGUGGCAAUUGCCUCGCCAUCAUGGAUGGCAUUGUUAAUAAUAAUAAGUUGUAA